AGGAGCGGGCAGGACGCAGAGGAGCGACGCGCUGAUGCGGUGACACAUGUCCGCCUGAGCACGCUCUCACUGCGGCUUCCACUCUCCAUUCACCGCGGGGGGACACAGAGCGGGAGGCUGGACACCGGGACGCCGAGAGACGCUGCAGCCGGACCACCGAACACGAUCAACAAUACCGAACCAGCUCCGGAGAGACCGGGGGAGCUCCGACACUGCUGGUCGGGGAGUCCUGCUGAUCAUCGCGCCUCUUGUGUGACUGAGGGCUUUUGUCCCCGCUGAGCCUCCGUAGCCAUGGGAGAGAACAUGUCCAAGCGGCUGAAGCUCAUCUCGUCAUCAGAGGCGGAGAUGGAGGAGCGCUCGUUUCCAAACCGCUUCCCUGACUGGGACCAGCGGGUCGUCACGUCCAACUCAGGAGCAGACGGAGACUGCAACGAUCCGUUCGACGCAGAAGGAAAGGUGAACGCAGCAUUCCAAAAGAAAGUCCAGAGUAAGAUCAAAGAUCUCCUCCAGCAAAUGGAGGAAGGCCUGAAGACUGCUGACCCACAUGACUUCUCCACCUACACUGGCUGGACAGGUAUUGCCUUGCUGUACCUGCAGCUGCACCGGGUGUCCCAGGAGGCCUCCCACCUGCAGAGGGCACUUGACUAUGUGAAGAGGGCCAUGAGGAUCCUGAAUAGCCGCAAAGUGACGUUCCUGUGUGGCGACGCAGGGCCACUGGCAGUCGGGGCAGUGGUCCACCACAAACUCAACAACACUGCUGACAGCAAAGACUGCCUCUCUAGACUCCUCCAGCUGCAGAGGUCAGUGCUGAGUCCAGACUCUGAGAUGCCAGACGAGCUGUUGUACGGCCGGGCCGGCUACCUUUAUGCCCUGCUCUACGUUAACAAAGAGAUCGGAGCUGACACGGUGGAUGAGAGCACCAUUGUAAAGGUGGUGACAGCCAUUGUGGAAUCUGGGAAGACCAUGUCAGCGGAUCAAAAGAAGACAGAUCGCUGUCCUCUGCUCUAUGAAUGGCACAAAAAGCAGUACAUCGGUGCUGCUCAUGGCCUCGCAGGAAUCUAUUACACACUCAUGCAGCCAGGAGCAAAGGUCCAAGCAGACGUCCUAUCUGAGUUGGUGCGUCCCAGCAUCGACUACGUCCGCCACAAGAAGUUUCGCUCGGGGAACUUCCCGUCAUCCCUGAGCAACGAGAGCGACCGGCUGGUCCACUGGUGUCACGGAGCACCUGGCGUCAUCCACAUGCUCAUCAUGGCUCAUAAGAUCUUUAAAGAGGAGAAGUACUUGAAGGAAGCUGCAGAAUGCGCAGAGGUGAUCUGGCAGCGCGGCCUGCUCAGGAAAGGCUACGGCAUCUGUCACGGCACCGCCGGCAACGGCUACAGCUUCCUUACUCUAUACAAGAUCACCCAGGACAAGAAAUACCUGUACCGGGCCUGCAGGUUUGCUGAGUGGUGUUUGGACUAUGGCACCCAUGGCUGUCGCAUCCCAGACAGACCCUACUCUCUUUUUGAAGGUAUGGCAGGGGCCAUCCACUACCUUUCAGAGAUGGCGAGCCCUGAAACUUCCUGUUUCCCUGCCUUUGAACUUUGACCUGCCAACUGACAGGACUGAGAGCGGUGAAAGGGGGACAGGGACAAACCGUUUUACUGAAACACUGGGCAGGGAUAUAUCUGUGUUAUAGCUUUUAACUGUGUUCAUCAUUGAUUAGUUAACUGGACUGAAGCUAUGGAUGAGACGGUAUCUGAGCAGAGUGCAAAUCAAAAAAAUAUCCAGAAAGAUAAAGGGAAGAUUCUUUUCGGACAAAACUACAGGUUGAACGUUUUUGAUCCAAAAGCAGCAGAUGGAUUGAUCAUUUUCCUCUUCUGGACGGUCACCUGCUUCCUGUGGGCCUAUCAUAGGAACUAUGUGGGUCCCCUGUCAUCCUCCUGCAGUGUACGGUGUUGAGACAUGGACCCCAUGAGCCCCCUCUAAACCCAUUAGAUUAUUGCCAGGUGGCACGGACACAGAGGAACACACUCUAAGCCCCCAGCCUUUAAUAUCAUAGCAACUAGGCUAAGAACAAGGGUGUGUGUGUCUGUGUGUGUGUAUUUGUGCUUUUGUCUUUGUGAGGACCAGUUUGACCAUGAGACCCUACAUAGUGAAGACAUUCUUGCUGGUCCCCACAGUCUGCAGCAGAGCUUCUUGUUGGACUUAAAAUAGCCAGAAUAUCUCCACACUACUGAAUUCCUCUGACCCUUCUUUUCAACAAUGUCCUCAUGUUUGGAGUCUUGGACUGUGUCCAUUGGGGAGUCUUCUUCAGUACAUAUAUAUCAAGGAAAGGUUAUUUUGCGACAAUUAUCAUAAUCGUGUUAUCGUCCAGCCCUAGGUGAGAGUUCGGCUAACAGUUGGGUUCUGGCCUUGUGUUGGUUAGGAUAAGGAGCUAGGCAAUAUGUCAAUAAGUGUCCUCAGAAAGAUACAAGUACCUGUGUGUGUGUGUGUGUGUGUGUGUGUUUUUGUUGGUAUCUGCCUCUGCAUGCUCACUGUAAAUGGUUUGUGAUGCCUCAUAUCUCAGUGUCAGUGUAGUGAUUUUUCCUCUCGCUGUAUUUGUAGCCGUGCUGUUGCAGUUCUCUGGGUAUUUGUCACAUCGUGGGAAAAGGGGGAAAACGUUUCCCUCUCAUCUUCCAUUCUACUGAGAAUGAGAAACCAGCUUUGUGCUGUUUUUGUGGAGAUGACUACACAUGAAUGUGAAAGCCGCGGGGUCCCAACAUAAAGAAAGUCAAACAUUAACUGUCAGUUCACGACACAAUAUUCAGACUUGUUUGCUAACGUUGGCACAGAUUCUCAUGCAACAUUACUUUUUGUGCUUGUUAUUCACAUAUGUGCUGAGUCAUGAGCAGAUCGUGCACACUCACUGUCUGUUCCGCAUUAUCAAACAGAGGGCAGUGUGAUCAGUGUCUCUCCUUUAAGUUUCCCGUGGUUGUGACAACAAUUGUUCAUAUUGUCAAAAGUCAACAAAUAGUCUUCAAACCUCAACACACUAUAAGUUGGAUUUGACUUGAAUCACUUAUGGAGUCAUGGAGGGGAUGGCUAACAGAAGAAGAAGUCAAAACAGACACAUGAAAUAAGUUUGAUUUAAACUUGCAAUAUCCAAAAUACAGUAUAACAAAAGUAAAACGUUGAUGUUGUGAAGUAGCAUGGGAUCAUGGGAGUUCCAAACCACCAUUGCCACAAUUGCAUUCAGCUUCUCCCAGUUCAGAUUCCUUCAGUGUUCACAGUUCAACACGUCUGAUGUAAAAGUGAGAAGAGGUACCAGGAAAAAGGCCUUUGUUUUCUAUUGACAUAACAUCUGCAGAAACCUGGUUAAGAUAGCUUCUAGCUUACAGCAUGCUUCAGCUUUUGCUUUGGUAUAUACACUUGAAUUUGGGUACAAGUGUUUAUAUUAUGACUUGAUGGAUUCAAUUUUUUUAGCGAGGAAGAGUAAAGGCCUUAAAGCCUUCAAUAACUUGUUUCUUAAAGGUGCUGACUUUGUCAUUGUUAUUUCACUGGUAUUGGCACAAUCUUUUAAGUGUUGCACCCACCAGAUGAGCACAUCUGGUGGGUGCACGUUCAUGAGGCUUUGCUAAAAUUGAACAAGACACGGAGGUGUUGAAUAUUGGCCUAUAAAUCAUUUGCUAACCUUAUGACGGCCACUAAUGAACAUUAAUAUGAGCCCAGACAGUUAUGCCCCCAACUUAACUGUUGUGUUUUAGGAACAAGACAGGAGGCAGGUGUGUGCACAGUCUUAAUAAUACUUAUGAUUAUUGAGUAAAAUAUAUGUUGUACUGAUCAUUCAGCAUUACGUGUGGUCACCACUGGAGCAUUGUGUAAAGCAUUAUUUUAAGUUUGAAUUAGCUAUUGUUAGCAGACAUGAUUAGACCCACAUCAACAGCCAAAGUAAAGUUAGAAUUGAUGUGCACCUUUAUUUUUAUGUUUGUGUGUUUUUUUAAACAUAUUAGAAAUUAAGUUGCUGAUCAAAUUCAUGACUUUAAUUAUACUGCUUUUUUAAUCAGCCUGCUCACAUCAGGCAUUUGAAUCAGUUUGAUUGAAUCAGGGCUGUGUUAAAGCUUUGCCUAAAAGUGACAUAUGGUGCUCUGAGUUUAGAUGCUUGCCAUGGUUUCAACAUGGAGUUGAAAUGACGCCUGUACAUAAUAUCCAAUAAUUCCGACAGCACAUGAAUGCACAUAAAUGCCUAAUUCUCUUGCAUAGAUCUUGUGAUGAAUGUCAUUGCAUGAGGAUAAUGUCACAUGUCGGUGUUUCCAGGUUCCCUGGUCCUGUUCAGUGUGUGUGAUGGUGAAUCGUGUCCUGGUCCCAGCAGAAGGGGGCAUCAGUGGAGAUGUGUUCAGUGUUUCACCUUUGCCCCCGUGUAUGUAUUUGAUUUGAGCCUUGUUGUCAUGAUAUAAAUGUGUGCGUUUCUUUUUUCUUCAUUAAGCUUGUUUGUCUUAAUUGUUCUUAUUACUUUCCUUUUGGCUCAGUGGGGAAUAAAACGAAUAGAGCACCUCUGCCACUCA